GAGAUAUCAAAAUUCCUUUUUUUUAAUUGAAGAUACUGGUCCCAGGGUCCAUCUCAGUGAACGGUGUGCAAAUCCGGUCAGUGGUUUCAGAGGAGAUGUCCUUAACGAGUUUUUCACAAAAGUAAAAUGGAGGCCAUAUUGUUUGAGCUUCACAAUGAAAAAAGGGGUUACUCAGAGGAUCUUACCAAGAACAGGAACCAAAACAAGCUCAAGGACUCAGAGCCUGGGCUCACCACUGUCGGGUCCUUACAUCCUUACUCCAUCCCCCAGUCGUUUACUUCCUCGCAGGAUUACCAACUCUGAACUGGACAGUAAUCACCUGUUAGACAUUUGUGAUGGGAAUGAAGAUUGGUUACUUGCAGAGACGGUGACAAACCAAGAUGAGAGAAUCCAGGGAAUCAGAUAUAUCACAGUGGACCUGAUAUCAAAGCUGACCAAGCAGGACAAUUUAGCUUUUGUACGGUCCCUGAACCUAGCCAUAACAAAGUCUGGAGAGAAGAAAUUCAAGUUCAUUGAAAAUUUAGAGAAGUGUGAACGACUGCAGGUCCUCAAUAUCAGCCAUAAUGUAAUUGAGAAAAUUGAAAAGCUUGAAAAGCUCAACAAGCUGCGGGAACUGCAUCUCUGUAACAACAGAAUCAGUAAAAUUGAGGGCUUGGAGCACAUGGCAAAUCUUCAGCUUCUAAAUCUGUCCAGCAACAACAUUGAACAUGUGCCUAUGUGGCUGCCUAAGAAACUGAGAUCCCUCCGGACCUUAAAUCUUCAACAGAACAAGAUUUCAUCUCUGCAAGAUGUUUCCAGACUGAAGCCACUGAAGAACUUAAUUGAGUUAUCGGUGGCAGAGAACCCUGUGUCCAACCUCCCCCAUUACCGCCUAUUCCUGGUUUUCCACCUCCGGUCACUAGAGACGCUGGACGAACAGCCAAUCAGUCAGGAAGAAAGAGAUCAGGCCCACCAGCGCUUUCACAUGGAAGAGAUUGAGCGUUUGGAGCAGGACCUGGAGUUCUGCAUGGCAGAGAUGGACAGGCUGCAGAGGGAGAAGGCUGCUGCAGUGGAGGAGCUAGAACGGCAGGAGAGGCUCCUGGAACUGCAGCACUUGAAGAGCCUGCAGGAUCAGCAAUACCAGACCCAGCAGAAACAAGAGCUGGAUACCAAAACAGAGCUGCAAUUAUCCCGGGCUCUAGCUCCUCCUUGCCCAUCAAUUCUGAUUGCUUUCCUGAAGCCUCUUCAAUUGCCCACUCCCCUCCUGGAUGCUAUUUGUCAGCUUAAACAGAAGACCCUGGAGCUGACCAGAGCAUGCCAGAAGCAAUACGAGCUGGAACAGGAGUUAGCCUUUCAGAAGAUUGAUGCUAAGUUCGAACCAUAUCCCUAUUACCCAGACCAUGAGUUGGAGGCAUCAAGCUCGCCGGGUGAAAGCGCUUAUAUCGGAAAGGCACAGCACAAGAGGAACUUGGUGGUCUUGGACGGCACCCAGAUACACCAGGGUGCCUCUGCAGUCCACACAGAGAGGGACAACCCAAGGCAAGAUCUGUGCACGGCCAGCUUCCUGGACUGGAGCCUAGAGCACAAUAAAGCCGAGGAGCAUCUGCAGCAGCUGCACAGGGAGAUCGAAGAGGCUGAGCAGCAGGUCCUCAGGGCUGGCGAAGAGCUAAGGCUGUUUGAGGACACGCUUUCCCAGAAAAAGUUGUUGGAAGCAGAGAAGGAACAACUGAGACAGCAACUUCAUAGGAGGAUACAGCAUGUGAAGCAGCUGAGAGAUGAGGCGGAGGCACUGGAGGGCCAGCUGGACAGGCAGAGAGGGGAGAUCAGUCGAGCCCAGGGAGAAUUGGACCAACUCCAGAGCCUACUGGACACACAUAACCCCAAGGACGCCCAACACACUCAUAUCAAAGGACAGUUUUCCAGUAAGAGUCAGCUGCUUGACACGAUGAGCAGGAAACACCGGGAGCUGGAGGUCCGACUGGACGACCUGCUCUUCCGCAUUGCCAAGGAGACAGCAGACAUCAAGGACCUUGAGCAGCAGCUGACCGACGGUCAGAUCGCAGCCAACGAAGCCCUGAAGAGGGACCUGGAGGGCAUCAUCUCUGGCCUGCAGGACUACCUGAGUGGGGUGAAGGAGCAGGCCCGGCACUCCCAGGCUGACUGCCACCACCUGCAGAGGGAGAAGGAGGCUCUGCAGCGCCGUCUGGAGGAGAGCCAGGAGCAUCAUCGCCUGCUGGAGAGGAUCGCCUCCACCGCAGAGGCGGCGCAUGGGGAGGCUAGAAUGGAGCUGAAGGGGCAGCAACAGCAACUGGAACAGCUAAGGCGGGAGAACGCAGAGCUGCGGGGCAUGCACGGUCAGAUCAGCGUCUAUGAAGCGGAACUGGAGAGCCAGCUUAAGGAACGUACAACCGAGGCAGGCCGGCUGAAAGAGGAGCUGGGACAACUACGCAUGCUCAGCCAGCUGGAGCACACCUUCCUGCGAACCGAGCUGGAAAAGGAGAGGCAGGCCAAGGACAAUGCCCAGGCUCAGCUGACCGCAGAGAGAGAGCAGGAGAAGCAAGGCCUCCUGGAAAAGCUCAGCGCCCUGCAGGAUGUCAAGGCAAGUCUAGAGGAGCGCGUGGGUGCCCUGCAGAGCUCCCUUGAGGAGGUCCGAGGCACACUGCUGUGCCCACUUGAGGUGCAGAGGCGCCUCGAGGAGAUGACCAGGACUGUCGCUUCAGGGAAGCCCGGCCACAUCAGGGCACGUGAUGAGAGGGAUGUGGUGGGCCGCUGCUUGGAGCGGCUGCAUCAAGAGGUGCUGGGAUUGGUGUCUGCUGCCCAGACAGACCGAGAACAAGCCCAGCUGAGACAGGCACGACUUGGUCGGGAGCUGGCCUCGCUCCGAGAGCAACACACAGCAGCCUGCCAAACUGCAGCAAAAGGCAAGGAAGCAGAGAGACUGGCUGAGGAGGAGAUUCAGAGGCUCCGGAAGGAACUGCUGGAGACACACAAGCUCCACAAACAGAUAAGCCAGUGGCUCCAGGAUGCCGAUGAGGUGCGUGAACGGCUGCUCACCGAGCUGGAAGAACAAGACAAACAGAUGGAACUGGGCAGUCUCUCCCUUCAGCAGUUGCGGUCAUUAGACAUGGAAUUGCGGGAACUGAAGAGGUCCUUCACCACAGAGGACAAUAUGGCAUCUAAGCAGUUGCUCACCGCCAAAGAGCAGCUUCAGUCCUUAUACACCACUGUGGAGAAAAUCAGCCAGGAGAGGGCACAGGAUACAGACGAACUUGAGAGGUCCAGGGUCCUAAUGGAUCAGAUCACUCAGAACCUGAUCAAAGCUGAAGCCGAAAUCCAUCUGCUGCAAAGGCUACUGAAGGACCAGAUGGAUUUGAUAGACUGUAAUGGCCUGGUUUCAGACAACAGCAUCCAAAGGCAAGAGCUGGAUCAUCUGAAACAGUCUUUGACCAAACAAGAGGCCCAGACUAAAGGACUGCGGGAACAGCUGUUCCUGGCCAGAAAAGAGAACAGCGGGAACCUGGAGGAGCUUAUGAGGGAUGUGGGGGCUCUCAGGGAAAAUCUGGUCCAGCAAAACCAGGUCUUACUCAGCCUCAGAGACCCUCACCGAACCAGGGAUCACUGGUGCUACGUCCCAGCUGCCACAAAGGCUCCUAAUUUUGGUUCCCAGGGCACACAGGAUUCAGGCCUAGGUUUGCAGUAUCCUUUGUCGCCGGAUAGAGGGCGCUGCAGCAGCAUCAGGCACCAGGUCCACAGAGACAGAGCCCACCCACUUGGAGGAGGAUACUGGAUUUACUCCCCUCCGUUCCACACAAACUCGCAUACUGCAAGAGGCGAGGGAAGGGACAGCGGUGAUGUGGCCGACUGCAGCUCCUCCGGCUCUGGAGGUCACUUCAGCCCUCCCCCCGGCUCCGUCAUCUACACUACACUGCCUGACGGCUCGCCGCUUCCCCCAGGCUCUGUGAUAUAUGCCCCUACUGCCGCCGGCCUAGAGGGCAGUCCCGGGAAGGUUGUCUACGGGCCUCCUCCGCAGGGAGCCCAGCUGGUUUACGGCCCCUGCCCCUGCAGCCUCUCCGGAGCCUGGCUCGGAGUCUAUCCCCCUGCCGGGGUGCUCCACUGCAACAUGCCUGGGCACCAGAACAUGGAAAGGGAGCUAGGCAGGCUGGAGCGGCAGGUGGAGGACCAGCAGGGCGAGGGGGAGGAGGAUGGAAAUGCCCAUGUGGAGAAGGAUGUGCUCAGGCUCUUGGAGCAACGCACACAACUCAAGCUGGAGCUCAGAAAGCUGCACAAAUCCUUGAGACAACUGUACCAUCGCCUAAGAGAGGUGCAGGAAGGGCGAGGUGGCUCGGAGGUUCUGGGGGAGGUUCUGGAGAAGUCCUUGCAGCAUCAAGGGGCUCUUCUGGACGAGGUCGAGUGUGUGGAAAAGACCCUGCUCCGCCGCAGGGCUGAACUCAGGAAGGCCGACCGGCUGCUGCUGGAGGCUCAGAGCAGCCUGAAGGACAUCAAGAACAAGACCAAAGACGCUCUCCAGCAGCACACUGAGGCCCAGCACCGGCUUGAGGACACACAGCGUGAGCUAGAGGAGCUUGAAGUCUGCGCUCGGGACAGUGCCACCUUGCUGGUGGAAGCCCAACAGCAUCUCAGGGACCACCAGGAGGAGCUCCAGGAGCUAAGAAGAUGCAACGAGAAGCAGACAGAAACUCUGCAGAGGGUGGAAGAGGUGGUGGCCGCCCGUGACCGGGAGUUCCAAGAAGUCAACAAGAAGGUGGCCGUGCAGCACGAGGAGCUUUCUCUCCUUGACAAGAAGCUGGGGCAGUGGCGCAAUGAGGAGCAGGCACUGCAAGUGAGGCGGAAGGAACAGCAGCUGAAUUUGGAGGAGGCCCUGCGACAGGGAGAGGAGGCUAAGAAGCUGGUCAGGGAGCUACAGGGGGAUGUAAAGGUGCUCUUUGUCCAGAAGGGGGAGCUAGAGGUCCAGCUGGCUGAGAGAAGGGCUAGUGUAGCUGCACUCAAACAGCAGGAAGAAAAGGAAGAGGAGGUCCUACUCAACAUCCGCUCCCACAUCCACCAGAACAAAGCAGAGCAGAAGAUUGUUCUGGAGACUUUGCAGCUGGAAAAUGAGGAGUUGCAGGACAUGAAGCUGCACCACAACCAGGUUCGGGACCUGCUGGGGAGAUGUCAAGAGAACGUACUUCAGGUGCAUGCCGAGCUGCAAGGGCUGCAGCAAGAGGCGGCGUGCCAGAGGUCGGAGGGCGAGCGCCAGAGGAGGUUGUUGGAGCAGGAGCACACCAAGCUGGAGGAGCUGAAAACAGAAACGCGUAAGGUCAGGGAACAGGCAGAGGAAGCCGCCAGAGAAAAAAGCAGGCUGGAGGAGCAGUGCCAGAACCUGGAAGCCAGGCGCACACACGCCGACCAGUGCCUCGAGGCGGCGGAGGAAGGGGUGCGCAGGGCCGAGGUUGAGUUAAAAAGGCUGCAGGCGGAGCUGGGACAGCUGAAACAGGAGCAGAGACUGGCUGUCACACACCGGGAGACGAUGGACCAUGAGGAGGCAGCCACACAGCAACAGAUUGACCAGCAGACUGAGCUCCUCAGUAGACUGAAAGAGCAGGUGGAAGAGAGGAGACACCAGCUAGAGAUGCUGGAGGAGGAUAUGCAAAUGUUGGUCAGGGAUCGGGAUAGUGAGGAGCAGGAGGCGAGGAAGCAGCUGGAGGAGGAUGAACGGAGGGCAGAGCAGUUCAAGGCCAGGCUGGAGGAGCUGCAUGCUGACCUUGCAGAGCGGCAGGCACAGCUACAGUGUGUGCAGGGGCUGCAACGCCAGGCCUCAGAGAAGGAGACAAGUCAGCGGCUCCAAACUCUGAAGACCCAGUGCCAGGCUGAGGAGAGCACUCUGGCCCAGCACACACUCCGACUGGAGCAGGUUACCGCUGCAGACAUGGAAACCAGCCGGCUCCACAGGGAAAAUGAACAAUGUGCCCUUAUGCAAGAGCGCAUGGCUCAGCUCGGGCAGGAGCUGUGUGAGAGGGAUACAAGGCUGAAAAAGCGGGCGGAGGAGCUGCGGACAUUGCAGCAGGAGCUGCAGGAGGAGAGAAGUGCCCAGGGCAGGCUGCAGGUUCAGAGCCGCGAACACGCCCACAGAGACAAGCUUUAUGAGGCGGAACAGGAGCCGGUCAGGCUGCAGAGAGAGCUGCUGAUUGCCGAGCAGGCUGCACAGGAAUACCACCAGAAGGCCAAAGGUCUGCAGAAGGAGCUGAACACUGUGUCCAAGGAGCUGGAGGGCCUUAAAGACGCGCUGCGCAGUCGGGAGGAGGGUGAGCGCCGUUUGAGGGAGAUUAGGGAAGCCAUGCGCGACCUGAAGACCGACAUCAAGGCUGAGCUGUCCCUCAUCCGUGACCCGGACCCCAAUUCCUCAGACGCCAACGACCACAAAGAGAACUACCUCCGCUACUCAGCCCCAUCCGUGCCUAGGCCAGCCUACAAUCCUACCGAUGAGCAGUGGAGGGUAGAGGGUCUGAGGUUUAGGCUUCGCCAGCAGGAGAACCAACUGAAGGCCCAGCUGCGUAGACGGAUGCGGUCUCAGGAAGAGUUUCUGAGCCAUCGCUGGCAACAAACUGAAGGGAGCCUGCAGGGGCUGCGCAGGCAGGUGGACAAGUUGGACCAACUGUUGGGCAACUCCCUUCUUCCAGCUCUGCCGAACCAACCCCCUCUUAAAAAGGCUAUGUGUGAGCAAAGAGACAAAAUCUCUGUCCAAUAAAGUAUUUAGCUUUCAGUAAUGGAUGUGAUUUGCCAUUUAACUGGGUCAGUCCAGGAUUUGGGAAGAUGGGAAGCUAAUCCUAGAUUUACCUAGGAGAAACUUCACGCCAGGAGCAUAAACAUUGAUCUGACUUUCAUGUGUUGUUCAUGCCUGAAAAUGCUGCCAUCACAGUAAUAUUUACUGUUGAUGUUGAAAUGUUAUCUUCUGCAAAAUAUAAGGAAAAGUUAUCAAUGAAAUGUGCAAUUGGGCUGUCAAAAUAGCAAAAUAUAGAAAUGUAUUUAUAAUAAUAUUAAGUGUCAAUAUGUUACUUAAGUACUGUAUGCGUAUAACAUGGUGUCCACUACCUCAACUAUACAUACUGGUAUAUUCUAACUUUUACCAAUGGCUCAUAUUUAUUUUUGUCCUACCAGCCAAAAGUGUGAAAAUAAACUCCCAAACAAGA